UGAACGCUUCUUUACAAACAAAGCGUCUAAUUUGUUUGUCGUGUUAUUGUGUUUGAUUAUAUUUGUUAUUUUAAAUGGUUUAAAGACCGCAGGGACUGGGUUCUCUUUGCUGUGUAACAAUGCCACAGUUUUUCUCGAACCAGCUGUUCUUGGUGUUACUUUCCUGCUUUUUCAUCAAGAAAUCGUAUCCGAUAUCUACUAAGAGCAGGACAUAUUUUGCCAAAGUUAAUGAACAAAUAGAAAUCGUAUAUGAAUUUUACUAUGGAGAAAAACUACGUGAGUGGGUUGUUAGUGGGCUCACAUUGGGUAAUUGUUCUUUCACCAGACCACUUGAGGACGAUUCAUUCAAGAUCGAUAGUAUUUCUUGUGAGGAAAAGUCUUCAACUCUGAAAUUGACACUCCUUGCAAACAGGAGACUGACUUUUCUUUGUUACACUAAUUCAUGUAGCGCGACAUCAUUUAUAGUACAACCAAUGCAUGCAGGUGAUGGGAAUAAAAUUGAAUCCGUGAGUGGAACAUCAAAGGCUUUCAUGAAUAAAAAUUUCACACUGAUUUGCGAAAUUGGCAACAGUCCUGAAGUUAGAUGGUAUAUCCGAAGUACUGGACUACUUUUGGCAAAGUUUGUUAAUUGCGAGAAAGUGCCUGGAAGUAUUCAAAGAUUGCACAGCCCUGUACGUAUCUCUUGCAAUCUGAUCUCGCAGAAAUCUACUCUCGAGCUUGGACCCGUAAAUCUGAAGGAUGGUAACUUUACUAUUGUAUGCGCAACUAAACACCAUGGAAGCGAAUUCAAAGUUUCAACAAUCGACAGUAGAAAUUUGACUAUUCAUGAUGCUGGCACCAUAACAGUUACAGGUGAAAACAUUGCGACACUUUUAUGCCCUUUAGAAGAGGGAGACACGCUGUCAGUGUGGAAAGGAAAUGGUACCGUUAUAGGUAACUGCACUGGAGGUUUCCGACCCGUUCACACAUACUAUGAAACAAUGGAUUUAUCAUGUGCUCCAGGUGGUUCAAUUCUAAAAUUAUAUCUUCCCUCUAAUACAACGGAACUGAAUGUCUUGUGUGAAAGUCAGAGUAAGAAAAGAAGAGUAUUUAAAUUAAUCCACAAACCAAGCUUUAGAUUGGAGAAUGUAAUUAUAAUUAUUCUGGUUCUUAUCCUGUUGCUUAUCAUCAUCGCUAAUUUCGUGUGUUUCUUGACUAAACCCGGACGGGAGUUCUGUAUUCAGCAGGCGCUGAUAAGUACGACCAAUGAUCCAGAUUUUGAGAUCGUUUCAGUCUUUACAGAAAAGUCAGAUGCCAGUAAAAAUAUUUGAAGGGAACCCGCCUUUAGGCAUUACACUAACCUGGUUCUUUCUCCUGAGAACUUCGACUCCUUGGAAUUCCCUCCAUGCACACGUUUUGCUGCAGUCGACUGACAACUAUUGAAGAGGAAAGUUUCUGCACGUCAUUAUCUCCGGUCUUCGAUGUCAUGUGCAAAGACCCAUUCCUGCAUAACAAUACAAUCAUC